CUACAUGCCUCCACCCCACCCCCUGGCCCCAGGAAGCAGAGAGAAGCACGACACGAGGCGGCCCGCGCCCGCGCCGCAUCCCCGGACCGGCAGGUGGUGAACGCCAUUGCCCCUCCGCCUCCGCUCCCUCCCCGUCAAAUAAACCCCUCCGCCCUCCCUCUCCCACCCUUACCGCGUCGUUGAGGGCUCUGCACGCAAUCACGCGGCGAGAGAGAAAGGGCAUCGCGGCAAGGGCUCCCCCCCUUCCUCCCCUCCGUCGCCCGGUCGAGGCUGGCAGAGUCGAAUAAUCCCCGCGCACUGCCGCGCCGGGCGCGUCCAAUUAGCCGCUGCCAUCGAUCGCCACCAGAGGCAAGAGCGGGGGAGGAGUGUUUCUCCUAGGGCGGGCGGAUGAGAUGCCGGCGCGCCGGAAGGUGAGGCCCGCGGGCGCGGCGGCGCGGCGGGCGGCGCUGCGGUGGUGGCUGCUCUCCCUCGCCGCCGCCGGCGCCACCGUCACCGCCGCCGCCGCGCUGCUCGCCGUCGCGCUCCACGUCUCCGGCCUCGCCGCGCCCUCCUCCGCCUCCUCCUCCGGCGCGCCCUACCACCUCUCGCAGCCGCGGGAGAUCGAGGAGCUGCGGUGGGAGCAGGAGUUCGCACCGCCGCAGCUCGCGUCGCCACGAAAGCUGGACGGCGCGGCCGACGACGCGGCGGGGAAGAGGCUGUGGCUGCCGGCGCCGGCGCGGCGUUUCGUUCCCUGCGUGGCGCCGUCACCGGAGUACAGAAGCCCGGUGGUGUCGAGGGGGUACUUGCUCGUACACACCAAUGGCGGACUCAACCAGAUGCGCGCUGGGAUCAGUGAUAUGGUGGCAGUUGCACGCAUACUUAAUGCUACACUCAUUAUUCCAGAGCUUGAUAAGAAAUCAUUUUGGCAUGACAAAAGCAACUUUUCAGAUGUCUUUGAUGAAGAACACUUCAUAAAUUCUUUAGCAAAUGAUGUGAAAGUUGAGAAAAAACUGCCAAAGGAGUUGGUGAAAGCUCCAAAAUCUGUUAGGUACUUCAAGAGUUGGUCUGGAGUAGAUUAUUACCAGGAUGAGAUCUCUCCACUGUGGGACCAUCGCCAGGUCAUUCGAGCUGCUAAGUCAGAUUCCCGCCUUGCAAACAACCACCUUCCUCCUGACAUUCAGAAGCUUCGUUGUCGGGCCUUUUUCCAAGCACUGAGAUUUGCUCCCCCAAUUGAAGCUCUAGGCAAACUAUUGGUGGAGAGGAUGAGGUCAUUUGGGCCGUAUAUUGCUUUGCAUUUGCGCUAUGAGAAGGAUAUGCUUGCCUUUAGUGGCUGCACAUAUGGUUUAUCACAGACAGAAUCAGAAGAACUUGCAGUGAUCAGAGAAAACACAACCUACUGGAAGGUGAAAGACAUUGACCCAUUAGAACAAAGAUCCCACGGGUACUGCCCCUUGACACCAAAGGAAGUUGGCAUGUUUCUUUCUGGGCUGGGGUAUCCAUCAAGCACCCCAGUCUACAUAGCUGCAGGGGAAAUAUAUGGAGGUGAAUCUCAUAUGGUUGAUUUACAAUCAAGGUUCCCUAUUCUGAUGAACAAGGAAAAACUUGCCUCAGCUGAGGAGUUGCGUCCUUUCAGCCAAUAUGCUGCUCAAAUGGCAGCUUUAGAUUAUAUUGUUUCCGUGGAGAGCAAUGUCUUUAUUCCAUCUUAUUCGGGGAAUAUGGCACGGGCUGUUGCAGGUCACAGGCGUUUCCUUGGCCAUAGGAAGACAAUCAGUCCUGAUAGGAAAGCACUAGUUCGCUUGUUUGACAAAGUCGCUAGUGGAUUACUGAAGGAAGGGGAGAGACUAUCGCAAAGGAUAAUAGACAUCCACCAGAAAAGGCUAGGCUCUCCACGGAAACGGAAAGGUCCGGUCUCAGGAACAAAGGGCAAAGACAGGUUUCGGUCAGAAGAGGCAUUUUAUGAAAACCCUUUUCCUGACUGCCUGUGUCAACCAGGGUCUCCAGCCAGCGAUGAUUCUCUUGUCAGCAUCUAAGCCACAGAACUAAUCAUCAUCCUAGCGGAUCCCUGGGUGUGAUUCCAGUGUACAUAGAGAGAACUUAAGAAACACGUAGCAAGGUGCACGCUGACAUAAUGCGCUAACUAUUCGUUGGCACGCCAUCGUCCAGCUGUGCCCGAAGUACUGACAUGGUUGGGCUUGUUCAGAGGCCAGAACAGCUGCAGAUGGAAGCAGCUGUAUAGGGGGCUAUAUAGAAGUCAUGUGAUUUUGAUUGGGAUAAUUAUCUCAAUUGCUUGUAAGUAGAUGAUAGUAAUAAAUAGAGAGAUAUAGAGUUACUGGAGCAGCUCGACAAACAUUUACUCAUAUAUGGACAAUUGGGCAUUGAUUGCACUUCCGCCCAUAUAGCUUAAGUCUGAUUAGCAAGGGAACUCACAUUUUCUGCUAAUUAUUCUUGUGAUAGUCAUCUUCAGCACACCUUUUUUUAGUAGAAGAUGAACUUGUACUCUCGACACUUCGUAAUGGGAGUGGAUCUGAGGAGCUUCCUGAAGUUUCUGUAGUUAAAUUGGAAUGAAUGUGUUGGCUUUCUUGUAAUUUAUGAUGGAGAACACAUUUUUGUACGAAA